AUAGAUCAGUCUGUAUCUUAUUUCGGACGGAUCAACAUGGUGUUCAAAUUGGCGGCCAUCGUCUCCGCUCUCGCUUUCGUCUUGCCGGCGGAUUCGCAGAAUAUUUUCGGCAUGGCAGAAGGUCAAGUCUGCAAAACGGAGAGUGGAAUAAAUUCAAUCUGCAGGCCUGCGAUGGAAUGCAUGCAUGUCGAUUACAAGAAGGAAAGACCACCAAUCUGCGGUUUCACCGGUGUUAACCCGAUCGUCUGUUGCCCUCCUAAAAAAGAACGCUUGGCCGAAAAGAAGUGCAAUCAGUUCAUGGCGGCCAAAUGUCCUCUGAAGCUGGUCAGUCGGUCCAUAGGAUCGUCCUUGUCUGCCGGAUUCUCACAGUUUAUCUCAGGAAUUUUGGAUGACAAGACAACGACAGAAAGUUAUUACAAAGAAACAUUUACUGACGUAAACGUUCUGGACUCUGAAUCGACAACUCGUUACUUCCAACGAACCAGGACUACUUCCUCGCCAACGCAAUAUCAACUUCCUGUUAAACCGCAGAUUAAGGUUCUAGGAGGCAGGAUCGCAAGAAGCAAGCAACAUAUAAACAUGGCUCUAAUAGGCUUCGGAGAAAAUAUGAAGGAAGUACAAUGGAAAUGCGGAGGAAGUCUUAUUUCCGAACGUCACAUUUUAUCCGCCGCACAUUGUUCCACGACCAAACUAGGUAAACCGAAAUGGGCAAGGCUAGGAGAACUGGACCUGUCCACUAAUAAGGACGACGCCCAGCCGCAGGACAGGCUCAUUAUCGAAUGGAUUAUCCAUCCUGAUUACAAUUCCGAAACAGUCUACAAUGACAUAGCUAUUUACAAGCUCGACAGGGAUGUCGAUUUCACAGAGUAUGUCCUUCCUGUCUGUCUCCACACAGAGACAGAAAUACCAGCCAAAAAGGGGAUCGUGACCGGCUUCGGGACUGUAGAAUUCGCCGGAUUGUUCAGUGAAACACUUCAAGAAGUUUCAAUAAGUUUAGUCAACGGGACGGAAUGCAAGAGACUUUACGGAGAAGUGGGCGCUCAAAGAACGCCAAGGGGGAUCGACCCUUUGUCACAGGUCUGUGCAGGGGAGAAGGACGGUGGAAAGGACGCUUGUACGGGCGAUUCAGGCGGCCCUCUCAUGAUCGAGGUGCCAGGAGAAUGCUUAAAAAGGCAGAUAGGAAUCACUUCUUUCGGAAAAAGUUGCGGCUUGCCCAACAUGCCUGGAAUUUACACGAGGGUCUCUUACUACUUGGACUGGAUCGAAAAAUCCGUUUGGCCCGAAGGCUAAACAACACCAAUACGCCCAUUUUUAUUUAAUUUUAACUUAUCCUGAAAUUUAUGAAAAACCAAUAUUUAUAAAGUUGAUUAAUAAAGUA